AUGAAGGUCUGGUGGGAGGCCGAAGCCGAAGCCGAUACGAUAAAAGUGGGUAAAAGACUUACAGACGAUGGGAUGAUGGGCAAGAGUAAGAAAUGUGCCGUGUCCAAUUCUCGUCUCGAUUUGAAGGUCUUCGGUAUGUCAUCGCAAGGGCGAAAGAAGUUGGUUCCUUGGCUUGUUGGCACUAACAAGCCGAAUGACUCAACCGGGAAGCACGCAACGCGGGGAAACUGCUCCAAAAUCAUGGUCUUUCAGAACUGGUCCGGCGUAACGCGCCGGGUCGACUGGCAGCAUCCGGAUGCGGAGACCGGUCGGCCGAGGACACGGCCGAAGCAUACUACACGUUUGUCGGGCGAAUUCCCACCUUGCAGAGUGUCGCCCCGGGCCGAGGAUCGCGGAGGUCAUCGGCUACAAGUGGAGCUUGUCCUUCACAGCACACCAACUCCUCAUGUGCCGGCCAUGUCUAGCAGUUUUGGCCCCCGAAAAGCUGCACGUCGCUAG